AUGGCCACGGCGGCGUGCCGGAGAGCCGUCGUCCGCACUCUCCUCGGCCCACCGAUAGCUCCCAUCCGCGCGGCCGCAGUGAAGGUGCCGCCGGCAUCCACCGGCGAUUCGUUCGUAAACCAGCUCGACGCCAACUUCAACAAGCCUGCCGUGAAGCCGCCGCCGGCCAAGACCCGCACGGAGAACAACUCCCCGACUUUCGGCACCUCGGGGGACCCCUGCCUGGACUUCUUCUUCCACGUCGUCCCGGGCACCCCGGCCGCGUCCGUGUCCUCCCUCCUCGCCAAGGCCUGGGCGGCCGAGCCGCUCACCGCGCUCCGCCUCGCCUGCAACCUCCGCGGCGUGCGCGGCACCGGCAAGGCCGACCGUGAAGGCUUCUACGCGGCCGCGCUGUGGAUGCACGAGCACCACCCGGCCACGCUCGCCCUCAACGCUGGCCCCAUCGCCGACGUCGGCUACCUCAAGGACCUCCCCGAGAUCCUCCACCGCAUCGUCAACGACGACCGCCGCCUCGGCCGGUUCCACGCGCGCAAGCCGCGCCGGGAGAUGUCACCGGACGAGGCCCUGGAGCUCAGGCGGCUCCGCAUUGUGGCCGCCAUGAGGGCCGUGGAGAGGUACCACGGGGACCCGAGGUACCGCUUCCUGCACGACUGCACGGCCGACCUCUUCGCUGGCAUGCUCGCCGAGGACAUGCGGAGGCUCGCGGACGGCAAGCUGCCCGAGAUCUCGCUCGCCGGGAAAUGGUGCCCCUCGCUGAAGAGCCGGUACGACCGCUCGACGCUGCUCUGCGAGGCCAUCGCGCGCCGCCUCUUCCCCAAGGGCUCCGCGCCCGAGCUCUCCGAGGACCUGCCGGAGUCGAACUACGCGAGCCGGGCGCGCGCGUGCCUCCGCAAGGCGGCGCUCGUGCCGCUCCGCCGCGCGCUCGAGCUGCCGGAGGUCUUCGUCGCGGCGCGCGCGUGGGGGGAGGUGGUGUACCCGCGCGUCGCCUCCGUCGCCAUGAGGAACUACAGGGACCUCUUCCUCGAGCACGACGCCGAGCGCUUCUGCCAGUACCUCGAGAGCGUCAGGGCCGGCAAGGCCAAGAUCGCGGCGGGCGCGCUGCUCCCGCACGAGAUCCUGGCGUCCGUCGGCACCGACGGCGAGGACGUCGCGGACCUGCAGUGGCAGCGCACGGUGGACGACCUGCUGGCGCUCGGCAAGCUCAACAACUGCCUCGCCGUGUGCGACGUGUCCGGCAGCAUGACCGGGCUCCCCAUGGACGUCUGCGUCGCGCUCGGCCUCCUCCUCUCCGAGCUCUGCGACGAGCCGUGGCGCCACCGCGUCAUCACCUUCAGCCAGUGGCCGCAGCUGCACCAUGUCAAGGGGGCGACUCUGUGGGAGAAGACCCAGUUCAUCCGCGACAUGCAUUGGGACAUGAACACCGACUUCCAGGCGGUGUUCGACCAGCUCCUGCGUGUGGCGGUCGACGGCAACGUCCCGCCGGAGCGCAUGGUGAAGAAGGUGUUUGUGUUCAGCGACAUGGAGUUCGACGAGGCGUCUUCGAGGCCGUGGGAGACCGACUACGAGGCGAUCACGAGGAAGUACUGGGAUGCCGGGUACGGCGGCGCGGUGCCGCAGAUUGUCUUCUGGAACCUGCGGGAUUCGAGGUCCGUGCCGGUCAUGGCGGAGCAGAACGGGGUGGCGCUGGUCAGCGGCUUCUCGAAGAACAUGUUGAAGCUGUUCCUCGACGGCGCCGACGCCAUGACGCCGAGGGCCGUCAUGGAGAAGGCCAUUUCAGGGCGGGAGUACGAGAAGCUCGUCGUGUUCGACUGA